CUUCCAACAGAGUGUUGUUUUUUGGACCAGGUACCACUGGAUAGUUCUGGUGAGAGAGAAAGAAACUGCUGUUAAGAAGUUUGGAUGCAAAUGGCCACAACCACCAUGAUCUUUAUGAUUUUGGGGGCUUCACUUGUGAUGGCAGUAGCGUGUCUAACGGACAUGAACGCUCUACUAGACCGCUUUCACAACUACAUCUUACCACAUUUACGAGGGGAGGACCGCGUCUGCCAUUGCAACUGUGGAAGGCACCAUGUCCACUAUGUGAUCCCGUACGAUGGGGACCAGUCUCUGGUAGACUCGGCAGAGAACUACUUUGUGAGUGAUAGCGUGACCAAGCAGGAGCUGGACCUGAUGCUGGGGCUGCUGCUGGGCUUCCUCCUCAGCUGGUUACUGCUGUGGCUGGACGGGGCGCUGCACGCUGCCCUCAGGGCCUGGAGGGCCAAACAGCACCAUGAUGUGUUCUCCUGGUCAUGGGUUCCCCGCUUCUGUAACCUGAGAGACCUGGGGAGACGGGUGCACCUGAGGAAGCUGGAGGACUCCAGUGGGAACAUGGUGCACAUUAAGCAGAAGCUGUACCACAAUGGACACCCCAGCCCUCGUAACCUCUGAGAGCCAUUGCACAUUGGACAGCCCAGCCCACGCCACCUCUGCGAGCCAUGGCACAACGGCCACCCCAUUCCACAUCACCUCUGAGAGCAAUGAGCUGGCUGAGACAGGCUGAGACCUGCUGUCAACUGACCAACCAGACUUCAGCCGCAUGGGCAACUAAACAAUGACUAUUCAAGAUAUACCCUUCAAACCAUACUGUUUCUUAUGGACACUGGAUAGAGCACUUUCUCAAGUGACCCCAUGGUCUUUACCCACAGUGCACUCCUCACCCUCCAUAUUUUAUGUAAAAAGAUUGUAGUUAAUGAGAAUCCAUUUAGGAGGGCGUAAGCAAUUUUCCAGAGUGUGUUUGUUUUUCAAAAUAGUUAUAUAUAUUAUAUAUUUAGUUUUAGAAUGUCAAUUUUGCUAGAAGUGGGGAUAGGGUGUAUUCAUUAUUUUGCUUUUGUUUUGUCAGUUUGUAGAAAAAUGUGUUUAUUUUGCCUGAAGAUGUCAGUUUUGAAGUUAGAAUAUUUAUUUUGCUCGAGGUUGUUUAUUAUUGACAGGGGUUUGUGUAUUGGAAGAGGUACACUAUAUAUGCAAAAGUAUGUGGACACCACUUAAAAUUAGUGGAUUCGGCUAUUUCAGCCACACCCAUUGCUGAUAGGUGUAUAAAAUCGAACACACAAUCACCAUAGACAAAUAUUGGCAGU